AUGGUUCGUUCAGCACCACGAAGCAACAGCCGGCUGAGCAUGACAAGCAAGGCCGGCGGUGGAAGUAGAGCAUCCGACGAUGAAAGCCGCACCGCAGUCAAAGUUGCCGUGCGAGUGCGACCGCCGUUAAAUCCCACCGAUCCCGGCUUCGACCUCAUCCCUCAGCGUUUCCAAAGAUCUAUGGUGCAUGUCACCUCAAAUACAAAUCUCGCGAUAGACUCUCCCCAGGGCAGGAAACUUUUUGUUUUUGAUCGCGUUUUCAGCCCCGACGUCGGCCAAGAUGGCAUCUGGGAAUACGUAUCCGACUGUGUCAAUGCCUUUGUUCAAGGGUAUAACGUGUCUUUGCUGGCAUAUGGCCAGUCCGGCGCGGGAAAGUCGUAUACCAUGGGCACUGCUGGCCCUAGCGAGCAGGGAGACCUCGAAAUGAAGGGUGUCAUCCCCCGAGCCGCCACCGCACUUUUCGACAAAUUGGAUACGUCCAAAGCAGCCGCCGCGAAAACGAACCGAAACUCGAUGUCGCAACUCCGAUCUCCCCAGAGGUUUUCGACUCAUGGCCAGGCAGGCCUCGGCGAAAGGGGCUGGUCGAUGAAGGCGACGUAUGUCGAGAUUUAUAACGAGCAACUUCGCGAUCUGCUUGUGGAAGAAAAUGUGCCGCCAAAUGAGCGGAGCCCAGUAACGAUACGCGAAGAUGUCAAGGGCAAUAUUCUUCUUACGGGUCUGCGACAGGUGGACAUCAAUUCCAUUGAAGAUUUAAUGAAUGCACUGAGCUUUGGUUCGUCUAUCAGGCAAACCGAUGCAACGGCGAUAAACGCAAAGUCCUCUCGAUCGCAUGCCGUUUUCAGUUUAAAUUUGGUGCAGCGGAAAAAUGGCCUGCAGCCGGCCCAGGGGGCGGAGAAGCGAUUCUCGGUUCCCAUCGAAGCCAUGACGGGGUCGGAAUCCUGGGUCACCACCGACAGCAAAUUGCAUUUUGUCGAUUUAGCCGGCAGCGAACGUCUGAAGAAUACUGGAGCCCAAGGCGAGCGUGCAAAGGAGGGCAUUUCCAUCAACGCCGGUCUGGCUGCGCUCGGAAAAGUCAUCUCGCAGCUCUCGUCCCGGCAGGCAGGAUCGCACGUUUCUUAUCGCGAUUCCAAGCUUACCCGCCUCCUUCAGGACUCGCUGGGCGGUAAUGCCAUCACGUACAUGAUUGCCUGCGUCACCCCCGCCGAAUUCCAUCUGAGCGAAACCCUCAACACGGUGCAAUAUGCACAGAGGGCCCGAGCCAUUCAGAGCAAGCCGCGCAUACAACAGGUGGAAGAGGGCGAUAAACAGGCCCUGAUUGACCGUUUAAAGGCCGAGGUGGCCUUCCUCAGGGAGCAGAUUCGCAGCGCAGACCGUGCCGGCGGGGAGCGACGCACCCUCGCCACAAGCGAGAGGUCCGAGCGGCCCAACGAGCGGGAGGUUGAGCUACAGAACCAUUUACUGGACAUCCAGGAAAAUUACACCACCCUGAGCCAGCGCCACGCACGGCUCAUUGCGGAGAUGGCGAAAGCGCGGGACAACGAGAUGGCGGAGAACCAGCACCUGGAAGAAUCCUUGGAUGACAGUGCCACCGAGCGGCUAAAUCGCUCCAACUCCUUUGCCCAGGCAGUCGAGCAGGUUGUGCUCGAGUAUGAAAAGACGAUCCAAACCCUCGAACAGUCCCUUUCCAGCACCCGCACCACUCUGUCCAACACCGAAGCGUCGCUUUUGGAGAAGGAGUCCAAGUUUGCCUAUGUCGAGACCAUCAACACACAGCUGCAGGCUCGGCUUCAGAAACUCAUGGAUCGGGAAGCCAGCACAGAGAAUUAUUUGCACGACCUCGAGGCCAAGCUCGACGGCCACACUUCGGGUGAGGAAAAGAACGCCACCAUUAUUCUAGAGCUCCGCAAAGAAAUUUCCCGCGUGCGAGAAAAUGAGGCGGCCUGCGAGGAUUACAUCUCCACCCUGGAGGAACGCCUGGCCGAGGCUGACCAGGAUGCGGAAUUGAUGCAGCGCGAAAUUGACAGACUCGAGCAAGUCAUUGAACGCCAACGAAGUCUCGGCAAGCUUGACUCGCUCCUCUACGAACUUGACCAUCUCCAGCAGGAUGGCCGCCACGGCGAUGCCGCUCCCGCCGAGGUCGAAGUCACCAACGGCAUCGCCCGCCGUCGCUCCUCUAUUCCUCAUUCCCGCAGCCAGUCCCACGUUAGCCGUCACAGCCAAAAGGAGGCCGUUAUUCCCGAAGGCGAGGAGGAAGAAGAAGCCCCGCAGAGCAACGGCGACCGCGCCGCUACGCCCGCUGCCGAUGAAGAGGGUGACGACGAGCAGCGCGUUGAGGAUGACGGCUCGGUCACCGACAAGGUGAGCCCCGCUCAGAGCAAAUUCGUCGCCGACAAGCUCGAGGCCGUCACCCAGGAGCUCGUGGACCUGCGUGUUGAGCACGAGAGUACUAUUAAUGAGUACGAUAGCCUGCACUCCAAGUACGAGGAGGCCCUCCGCAACAUUGCCGAUCUGCAAGACAUGGUUGACGAAUCCCGCCAUCCUCAUCGACCCAUCCGCGACUCGGUCCUCUCCGUCACCUCUCCGACCACCACCAGGCCCGACUCGUACAUGUCGGACUCCCGCUCGACUUUCUUCGGCGAUGGAAUCCCCGCCAUUAUCGACAACUCGGAUGCCGAGACCGCCACGGCCAAACCAGAGUCCCAGCAGUCUCCUGGCGACUAUGACGACCUCCCUGCCGAGCUCGAGCGUCUCAAGACUCUCGCAGCCGAGAAGGAAGCCGCGGAACGCGAACUCUCGAACAAGUCCAACACACCCGUCAUCCGACGCAAGUCGAGCCAGAACGUCAUGAUUAUCGAUCGUGCCCACAGAUCAUUUGCUUCACUUAAGAAUAUCGCGGCUGAGAACUUUGAGGCCGACCCCGAUACCAUGCAAAACUUUGAGCUCAAUCUCAACGCCGCCAUGCACGAACUCCACGCUCGCUCGGAGCGCAUCCAAGAACUCGAGGCCGACGUCGCUUCUGCCCGCAAGGAGAUGGAAACCAAGAUGACCAUCAUCUCGGGCCUUACUAGGGAAAGGUCCAGCUUGCAGGCCUCUCCGCGGGACAUCUCGGUCGUAUCGGCAAUGAAGAACCAGCUGGAACUGAGCGAGACGCAACUCAGGGCUAUGAGGGAGGCGCAGGAGGCGCGCGAGAAGGAACUCACUGACGAAAUCGAGGCCCUCCGAGCUUCUCUCAAGGAGGAAGACGCUAAUGAGACCCGCGAUCUCGAGAUUUCCCGCACCCACGCAGAGAGGAUCGAGGUUCUCGAGUCUGAGCUGUCGGGCUGGGAAGACAAGCACAAGGCCGCCCUCGACAAUCUCAAGGCGACCGAAGAGCAGAUGCAAAAGUCCAUCGCCGAUGUUGAAGCGCAGCUUGCUGAUGCCCAGGCCAAACUUGCCGAGAGUGAAGUCAAGGCUUCCGGCGCCGAUGCUUCCAAGGAGAUGGAGGAGAAGCAGAGGGAGCUGGUUGGCUCGUUGCAGGCUGAGCUGGACGAGUAUAAGCUGGUCCUCGACAACAGCACGUCCAAGAUUUCGGAACUCGAGUCGGUCCAUGCAGCCACCCGGGCGGAGCUUGACGAGGCUAUCAAGGCCCGCGAUGUCGCUAGUAGCGAGGCCGCCGCUCACAAGGCGCUCGUGGCUGAUCUCGAGGUCAAGAUUGACAACCUCGAGGUGGCUGCCAAGUCCCACCAAGAGGCCGUACAAGCGCUCAACGCCAAGCACGCCAAGGAAUUGGAGGAUCUCAAACUCUCGGAGCAGAGUGGCUACGAGGAGCAGGUCGCCGUUCUCAUGUCCGAACACUCGGAGAGCAUCAACGCGCUCGAAUCCGAGCUGAAUGACGCCAGGGAAGACUUGAUGAAGGUGGCGACGCAGGUUGCCUUUGCUCUUGGAUUGCCAACUAGCGUGGACAAGAUUACGGAGCGUAUCGAGGACCUGAUCGCGGACCAGAAGGCUCUCGCCGAGGAGCAGAAGAAGAGGGCAGAGAUCGAGAUGAAUGUGGUUGAGCUCUCCUCCAUCAACGACCAAGUCAUGGGCGAGCUUGAGACGGUGAAGAAGGCCCUCGACGAGAUGCUCGGCCGCCCCGCCGAAGAGAAGCAGACCAAUGGCACCUCCAAGGGCGUCCUCGGUCGCCUCGCGGUGCUCAAGAAGAGGAUGGACGACCUUGAUAUGAAGAACAAGAAGCACUCGCGUCUCGUCGAGGAGCUCGAGGUUCAGCUCCAGCAGAACUUUGACCAAGCCCAGCUUACCAGCAACCGCCUUUCUACGCUCCAGAGCGAGCGCCAUAGCCAGCUCGAGGAGGCCAACACGGCCAGGACCAGGGCGCAGAGCGAGCUGGACGCGGUCCGAGAGGAAUACGCCGCUCUCCAGGCCAAGUUCGACGAGAUCAACUCUUCGAGCCCCGAUCCCAUGAAGCGAUCCAACUCGAUGAGCUCGCAGCUCCGAAAGAGUUCCUCGACCGGAAGGCCGAUGAGCAAGGACAACAUGGCGGCCAUCUCGCAGAUUCGCGAUGACCAGGAAGCUCGUAUCAGGACGAUCGAGAAGCAUCUAGAUGCGGAGAAGCAGCUCACGGCAACGCUUGAAGAGGCCCUCAGCGACCUCGAGCGCCAGUCCAACAAGGUCAAGUCAGACUGCGACGCUUGGAGGAAGCGCGCACAGGAGCUCGAGACGGAGCUCAAAGACAUCCAAAACCGACCGGCGCCUACGCCUCAGCCGGACAACAGGUGGAGCCUGCAGGCCGUCGAGGAGGAGCGCAAGAAGAGACAGGCAGCCGAAGCGGCGCGAGCUCACCUGGAAGAGAGGAUGAGGGAUAUCAACAAGAAGAAGAAGAAGAAGGGCUCGCUCAACUGCUUCUAA